UCCAUAUUUCCUUUCUUUUUUUUUUAGAAAAAGAAAAUGCUUGCGUGUCCUUGUUCCGUCUUCAAUCUACGGGCCACCGCAACGCCGACCAAGCCCGAUGUUUCCGACCCAGAACCCGAUCCCAAAGUUCGGAAACUCAAGGGUAGCCCACAGCUCAACAGAUGGCACCGUGCACGAGCCUUAAGGUCAGGGCAGAAGCUUGAACGACCGAGCAACCGGACUAUGGUGCUUGAGGUGAACCCUUCGGCUCAACGAACCAGUGAGACCUUGUCUUCUGAACCCACUUCAACGACAUAUGACGGCGAUCGUGAGGUGGAGGAAACAGCGUCGGGGAAGCCAAUUUAUAUCGUAUCCGAUGGAACUGGAUGGACGGCGGAGAACUCCGUUAACGCGGCGUUAGGGCAGUUCGAGCAUUGCUUGGUGGACCGUGGGUGUCCUGUAAAUACCCAUCUAUUCUCUGGGAUUGAUGAUGUUGAGCCAUUGAUAGAGAUUAUAAAACAGGCAGCCAAGGAAGGUGCAUUGCUUGUUUAUACUUUAGCUGAUCCUUCCAUGGCAGAGUCUGCCAAGAAAGCUUGCAAAUUGUGGGGUAUACCGUCCACGGAUGUAUUGGGGCCAAUUACAGAGGCCAUCGCUGCUCAUUUGGGUGUCUCACCUUCAGGUCUUCCCCGGGGAGCGCCCGGACGAACCUUCCCUCUUUCGGAUGAAUACUUUCGACGGAUUGAAGCGAUUGAAUUUACAAUCAAGCAGGAUGACGGAGCUCUACCUCAAAACUUAUGCAAGGCUGACAUUGUUCUCUCAGGUGUUUCUCGUACUGGGAAGACACCAUUAUCGAUUUAUCUAGCACAGAAAGGAUAUAAAGUAGCAAAUGUCCCUAUUGUGAAGGGAGUGGCAUUGCCAAAGGGACUUUUCGAAGUAGACCCUGAGAAGGUUUUUGGUUUGACUAUUAAUCCCUCUGUCUUGCAAACUAUUAGAAAAGCAAGAGCUAGGAGUCUGGGUUUUGGUGACGAAACAAGGAGUAACUAUUCGGAGAUGGAUUAUGUGAAAGAGGAAUUGGAGUUUGCUCGUAGAGUUUUUGCUCAAAAUCCUACCUGGCCAGUUAUCGAAGUUACUGGUAAAGCGAUUGAAGAAACUGCUGCUGUUAUAUUGAGGCUCUAUCAUGACCGCAAGCAUAAGUGUUCAAUGCCACGAAUAUCAAAACGUUACUGAUGAAGAAAUGAAAUGGCAAGUUAUCUGCUUUUUAAGGUAUGCAGGAGUAAGAGGACUUUGCUGCUUCAUAAUUACUGAGCAUUACUUCAUAGCUCAGUUUGUGAAUUCCAGGGGAGAGAAAAUGAAAUAUAGUUAAGAUGUAUAUGUUUGUGUUUUCCUUCUUGAGAGUACCAACGCUUCACUGGUUACGAACUUCACUAAUUACUAGUGUAUAUUGAUGCAAUACAGCCAUAUAAUAUACGUAUGCAGUUUGUAUGAA